GAUAGGGCUUGAGCCCUCACCCUCCUCCUCCCCAGUGAAGAUCCGCCCCAUGGCAAGUGCAGUGAUCACGAGCCCCAAGGGGAUCAGCAAGGCUUGACAGACUGUAUCUCCCUCUGCCACGGGCCCCGGGGCGCUGCGAUUUCACACUCGGGCGGCCCCUGGGCCAACACGCCAUGGGGGAGCCGGGCUCUCGCUCCCACUCCGCCAUGUCCUCCUCAGGAAAAGCCGUCUCUGCCUCCUCCUGCCUCUCCUCCCAGUGCUUCGACCCCCUGACCAAGUCCUGCGUCAAGUGCUCCGACCUCUUCAAGGAAAACACAAAGCCUGCCAGUGCAGUGCCCGCCUCGGCCCUGGAGCCCACCCACCCCUCAACGGACCUGCCCAGCACCCUCCUCAUCUUUGGGGUCCCGGCAGCAGUGGUGUUCGUCCUGGUCCUGGCCACCCUCUUGGGCUUCCUGGUCUGCAAGCUGGGGAAGUGGAGGAGAAAGAUGAAGGCGGCGGACAAGGAGGCCCAAGCAAACAUGGAAGCCACCAGCCCCCUGCCCAUCCCAGGCUGUCAGGAUCCUGCUGUGACAGAGGAAGAUGCCACCCUGGACCUGGCCCUGGCCCCAUGUCAGCAUCUCAAUGGAGGCCUGAAGAUGCUGAACCCAUCUGGGAAAGCCGGGGCAAAGCGGGGGCCAUGCUGCCAGGGUGAUGCCGAUGGUGACAUCAUCCUGCUGUCCACUGUGUACCCCCGGCACGAGGAAUGCAACCACGGCUUCCCACUGCCUGCCACGGAGCUGGGGGCCACAGCCCUGGUCACCACCAAAACCACCCAGAACUGUGCCUGAGAGGAGAGAGCCUGAAGGCAGGGAGAAUGGGGCAAAGCCUUGCAUCCGUAUCUGCAGACCACGUUUAGCCUCGAUCAAGAUGAGAUGACUUCCUUUCUCCAUUUUCCUGUUUGUGCCAAGUCCCAGGUUAUACCUGUAAGUGCUGGAGGAAGCCAAAAUGGAUCAUGCCAAGUUAUGCCAAACGCUGCCACGACUGUACCAUUGGGAGCAGGCAGAGUGAGAUGCGUCUGGUGAGGACAGAGCAUG